AGUGAGUGCAGAUGUGAGAGUUUACACCACACGGCUCUCCCUCUCUCGCCGGUCGUUCAGGCUUACCCCGGACAGCCCAUCCCAGCCCAGCGCGCGUGGAUUAUCAGUGUGGUAGUGAACUGUACGAGUCGCCCCGUGCCAGAAGAAAGUAAUGCUGGUACCGAUACUCACUUCCAAUUAGUGAACUUGAAACCAAAACUUCUUUUACGUUUUAUUUAUUUAUUUUUUUUUUUACGUAGUUGGUGGUGAUGAUGAUGGUGAUGGUGUUUUUAUCUCUUUGACGGUGUCUCCACGCCUACUCUGGAUUUACAUAUACAGCGUUGUACCAACGUGCUCAUCUACGAACAAAGUGACAUCAAUGAAUUCUGAAAACUCGACUUCGAACUGAAAAGAAAUCAUGGAAAGUAUGGAAAUUCUGCUUCAUAACUGUGGCUAAUAAGCAUUUUUUUCUGUAUUAUCUAGAUUUUUGCCAUAUCUGAGUUUUUGAGGAAGGAUGGAAAGGAAAGAAAAACAAUUGUAACUAAAGAAAAUACAAGGUCUGCAAAACUUAAUACGUGACAAGAGUGUGUGUGGGGCGAAGACUUGGGAGUGUCCAGUGUUUGGGUUCACCUCCGUCCUCCUGCCUCACUUGGAGGACUGCACGCCUGCUGAAGGCGUCUCGGGCAUGUCACUCGCAUAAGUGUGACCCGGAGUCGAGCCCCAUCGGAUACUGCAUCCACUGCACUGAGGCAGGUGUCUUCUACGGCAGCCAGUACCAGACAAAACGACGACCUGACAACAAUACGCCACACAGUCCACUUUAUGCCUCCGUCACCGUUCCGGGAGUGCCUCUGUGAUACGAACAGAACUUGUCUCGCUGCGCCCGUCUGGUAGGGCUACAGGGAAGUGUAGCCUUCAUCCUCCACAGAAACAUUCCAAGACUGAAUUUGCCAAAGUUUGAAACAUUUCCAGCAUUCCAAGUCUAUUGAGAAGGUCUUGCUGAUUUUUUUUUUCUCAGGCUUCCAGAAAGGAAGUUGAAGGUGACGUCGUCUUCGUGCCUGGCCACCACGGCUCCUGCUUGAAUGAAAGUACUCAAAUGAGCCUUGAAUGAACUUAAACAGAAGGCGUUCUUGAGAGUUUUCAUUCAGGGAACAGCAUGACUGGCGGAGUGUGAUCGUCACCAGCACCGUGUGGUGACAGCCUUGAGAGUGACACUCUCCAGUGAAGUGUAGUGCACGUUGUGGUGUUUGUGUGGCGUUGGCAGAAGAAAAUAAUAGCACAAUUUGACAUCACCUAAAGUUGGGCGUGAUUGGGGCGAUCCAUGAGCUUGUGGGCGGCAUGAUCUGGGUGGGUGUCCCGCCCAGGGGUCGCGGCUGCCGUCAGCAGCGGGGACCAUGAACACGGCGCCGGGCUGCCGUGCCCCGCUGUCUCCGCCCGGGGCCCGCACCGUCUGGCUCUGGGUCUGGCUUUGGGCCCUUGUUCUCACCCACCUUGGGGCUCUUGCUGAUUGUCCAAAAGUGUGUGAGUGCAAGUGGCGUGACGGAAAGGAGGUGGUGACGUGCCGUGACGCACAUUUUAUUGAUAUUCCGCGGGGCCUCGACCCUUCCACCCAGGUGUUGGAUCUGCGCCACAACAAUCUCAAAAUCCUACCUCGAGACUCCUUUGUGUACACGGGCCUCGUCAACCUACAAAAGGUGUGGCUUAACUUCUGUAAUUUGAUCAAGCUAGAGGAAGGUGCUUUCAGAAUGCUCAAUAAUGUGGUAGAGUUGGACCUCAGCAACAAUUAUCUGCAGGGCGUUCCGUCAGACGCGCUGGCAGACCUCCCUGGGCUGCGGGUUUUGCGGAUGGCCCACAACGGUCUCACCGUCCUUCCCGCCUCCGCCUUCCUGCCCGUCCCUGACCUGGUGCAGCUUGACCUCAGUCACAAUACCAUCUCGGAAAUCGAGAGUGGUGCGCUCAGGUCUCUCGCCAGUCUCGGGGUUCUCAAUCUUUCCGGCAACAAGCUGGCGUCACUUGACGUCGAUGAGUUGAAGGCUCUAAUGUCGCUACGUGUAGCUCACAUGGACGGCAAUCCGUGGCGCUGUGAUUGUCACCUAAGACCGCUGAGCAAAUGGAUGCAGGCAAGGAAUUUAGCUGCAACAAUUCCUCCGGUGUGUUCUUUUCCGCGUUGGUUGUCAGGUAACAACUGGCAGCUUCUUGAUGAAGAUGAAUUUGUAUGCGCGCCGGUAGUAACGGCCGUGGCUCCCCGAGUAUUGGCAGCUGAGGGUGAAAACGUGUCCUUGGCGUGCCGCGUGGAGUCCGAAGUAGAAACGACAAUCACGUGGCUGGUUGGAGAAGCACCGUUGCAGAACGCAACAGAGGCUCAGCGGUAUAUGGUUGUAGAAGUGUUCGGGCCCCAAAAUCCCGUAUAUGUAUCAAAUCUCACCAUCUCUGACGUAGCCCCGUUCGACCAGGGGACGUAUAGGUGUUUGGCAGAAAACCGAGCUGGACGAGGUGAAGUUAAUUUAACGCUACAAGUGUCACACGAGGUGGCAGAGGUCCGUGUGGCUACAGUGGACGACUCUUACUACAUGAAGGGCGGCGUCGUCGGGGGUAUUUCAAUUUUCGCUGUAGUCUUGUUGGCAUCCUGCCUUCUCAUCUAUUGUAAAGUCCGAAGUACUCGACGGCCACGUCAGGAAGAUGACAAACUAGUCACUCCUCAGACCUCGAGGGGAUCUGACGGGGGUGAGCACCAUACACUGACUGGCUACCAGGUUGUUCCUACCAGUGACAUGGAGGAGCAAUCGUCCUCUCGCAGGUCUCAACAAAUACAGCCGCCUUGGAUGCUAAGGGAGGCGUCUGCUCCCGGAAAAGCUUUGGAAGCCGGCGGAGCAGAAGGUCGGCGACAGGAAUCCGUGGACGUUCCUGUGACUCAUCCAAUAGCUGCCCCGAGCACGGUCUCGUAUGUUGAGAUCCCAAAGUCAGGUGUCGGAACAGUGAGAACAACCCUGGAAGACCCAACCCGUUGGAAGGAUCCGCUUGUCUACCACAGCAGAGACGUCUUGCUACACAGACUCUGUGGCCGCUCGGCAUCUCAGGCUGCCACAGCAAGCACCAAUGGAGGACACUACCCCGAUCUCCUCGAUCUGCCGCCACAGCAACAAUUUCAGCAGCAGCAGGAGAUGCAGCAACACGCCACAUACUUGCCACUGCACACACCCAGCCCGUCCUACUGUACCCUACCUAGAACGCGAACGCGCGUUCAAGGUGACGCCUCGACCAGAGUGGAAGAGGAGGAAGCGGCGACGGCAGCAGCGAAUGCAGCGGCGCCAGCGGCGACGGUGACAGGCAAGGCGGGUCACCACCUCCACCAUCAGCACCACCACCUCCAGUACCAGCCGCAGCUUCCACCACCACUGCCUCACCAUCUCCACGAGACCGCCAGUUACAGAUCCUCUAGUGCCCUCAAUCUAGCGCUGAGCGAAGCUGCUUGUCAUGCUUACGCCCACAUCCCGCCCCAUGCCCUGCCUCAGUGUCCUCCCGCCACCCAUACCACGGGCCACCACCCGCACGCCAGGCAGGAUCUCAUACUGGCACACAGGAGUCACUGUGCAGCGGCCAGUGGGGAAGUGGGCUGCACGCCUGACCCUUACCGCUUUGAGUACCACGCGGCACAGCUAGAAAAGUUCCUGAGGGAAUACCGGUGUCUUCAAGAGCAGCUAAUUCACAUGAAGCAGUCGUACGAGGCCCAGCAGCUCCGGGGAUCGGCACCAAGACUCGAUUGUUGCUCUGAGAGUACCGGCACCGGUGCAGCACCACAAGGCAUCACAGUCACACAGCACGGCACAGUUCCCCAGCCUCACCCAGCAGCCUCCCCACCACUUGGCACUUCCCACUCGCCCCACGCCUCCACCCCGCAGUCUAAUGUCACAGCUUCACCACCACACGCCGCCGCCUCACCGCCCCUCUCUGUUUCCCUACCUCCAUGCUCGACACCUUUAUCUUACGUCACCGCGCCUUCCCCGCACGUCACCGCUCCUCUCUAUAUCAUUACUUCUCCUCCCAUCAUCACUGCCCCUCCACCGUCUCUAGAGGAUUUACCACCUCCAUUAGACGUCAUCCCUCCUCCUUGUGAGCUCCUGCCGCCGCCCUGUGAAAUUCUGCCUCCUCCUGUUACCUCGUCAGUCUCUCGCACCUCUAAAUCCUCGCCUCCCUCACGGCCCACCAUCACCAGCACUUCCCCUCCCACUUCUUCCUCUUCGUCUUUAUCCUCGUCCUCAUCCUCCAGAGGUCCCAGCAAGAGUUCCAAGUCUCACACUAGCGGCCACCACUCCUUCAGCGACUCCCCAGGGCCAGCCGCUGGCAGACACCCACUCUCAGGAGCUUCCGCAGCAGAGCCUCUAAAAUCCAUCCUGAAGAAGCCAUCUGAGACAGCCAAACAUCAUCAUCAGCAGCAACAACAACAGCAGCAACAAAAACACAAGCAGAAUCCAAGUGCCUCAACCGCCGCCCCUGCCCGCCAGUAGCACCAUCACCACCUCCUCUCCUUCUCUUCCUCGACCUGCAGCACCUAGCGGCAGCUGACUGCCUCGGCGGGAUCUGGUUAAACCGCCGCCCAUCCCACCACUGGCCGCAUCGCUCCAGUCCGCUGCUCUCAUCGCCCUGGCAGCCUACGCCACUCCACGUCAGCCAGUUCACCACGGCACAGAGACCAACCAGAUCACCUCUUUCCCUUCAUUACGUGACUGGAAAAACAAAAGCACAAAGGGAGAUAAAAGGCAUGUCUCCUGAUGGCGUUAACGUGACCUAAAGACUGGGUGGUAGUGCUAUUAAUAUUGUUGUUGUUAUUGAUGUUGUUGUUACUAUGGUGUCCGUAGGUCUGUCUGUUGUCAGUGGACUGUGAGCAGCGAACUGAGGGUUAUCUUGCAUUUAAGUUUCCGAGUGAUGUUGGACUUCACUAGAGGACUCAGUCGCAGCGUGAAGGGCCAGAGCGGCGGAAUGGAAUGGACUUAAAUGAAAUGCGACAUGAAUAGGAAACCUGAUCUGCUGAAGCCACAAGUUCACUUUGAAAGGUAAUCCAAGGGUAAAGACGCAGGAUCCCUGGCGCCCUCAGCUGCUCACACCUGCAAGACCAAGACACCACCCGACAAUUCUUUAUUGAGCUGGUGAAUAUUGAAACUUAAUUAAUUAUGGGCAUAAAGACUCGCUGGAUGCAGAAAAGAAACUCCCAUUAGCAUUUCUACACAACAGUCGCCCAUUGUGAAAAGAUAAUGCAGCGGGAGUGGGGCAGUAUGUCAAAGUCGUUCUCGCGGACUGUUUUGCUUUAGUGCUUCGUGGCAUGUGGGACCAUGACCCAACUGCCCCAUCCCGCCUGGCCACGACCCGCUCCUCCCAAGCUACCUUUCUGCCAUGGACAGUGCAGCCCGCCUUGCUCCGUGAGUGGCGGCCCGGCUAUCGCGGCAGACCUGGCCAGGAUGUAGCGCCUCCUCCAUGUAUAUUACUGAGUGUGACGAUUGUAAUAUUUUGUAUAUUAUAGAACACAUUAUAACUCGGAGUUUAAUGUACAUUGUUAUAUAAUGUACUUAGAAUAUUAUGUACGAUGUAACGUUAUACGCACAGGUAAACACCGUACUCUUGUACCUUGUUAGUGUCGGAUAGCGGCGGCGUAGCCACUUCUUUAUGUGGACGCGUGUCCAAUGGUGCACAGCUGGAGGCUGAUGGUGGCUUGUAUGUACAUUGGUGUACAUUGUAAUGUCGUAAGGUGUUUUAAAUAUGUAAGCUGUGUGUGUGUGUGUAAAAGAGAGAGAGAGAGAGAGAGAGAGAGCACGCACCAAGGCAAGGACGCAUGUUGCCACUGUUGCUGACAUUAUGUUAUCUGAUGACUCCGUCUCAGCGACUUGUUUUCUGUUUUUUAUCUUAAAUGAGAGAGAGAGAGAGAGAGAGAGAGAGAGAGAGAGAGAGCAGUGGCGUGCAGUGCAGUGCAGUGCAGUGCAGUGCUGUGCCGUGCCGUGCCGUGCCGUGCCGUGCCGUGCCGUGUCGUGUCGUGCUUGUUACCCAACAGGGUCCGCCAGCAUCGUGCUGAAUCAGGCAUAGCCUCGACGCUCUCCUGCAGCAUCCACAGCUCUGCCCAAUCAAAACCCUGUCCUUCCUCCCCUCCUACAUCCACCAGCGCCAUGCGGCAUUACAGAGGUGGGGUAUUCUUGUGUCACGCUUUCCGUCUGUUUGUGUUGGAAACUGCAGGACGUGACGCGCUGUGCUAGGGUGCUGUCUACAAAAAGAAUAAUCAAUUUACUUAACCCUACAAGGCUGAGUGAUCUUCCAGUAAUGUACUCUUAUGUAUACUUUUAUUUUUCGCUCGUCAGAUUUUACCACAUGACCGUAAGAAAGAAUGACAUGGCGCCACUCUUAGAUAAUUCUUGGCUAUUCCCCCUGCCGCACACUGCACGAGACACCUCAGAGUAAUGUAAUAUUGUGUACAUUUGUGGAAAAUUAACUGUCUUUCAGGUGAUAUUCCAAGAGUCUGACGCAACAAGCUGGUAGGAAACAGGAUGUGUAAAAAGAUAAUACGGAAAGAUGCAUGAUGGAAGAGAGGAAAAAGUGAGAAAAGUGAAAGGAAGUGGAGAAAGAAAUUAUUUUUGCUAUACAUAGAGAGGCUGAAAUGUGACGUCAUGAAAUGAGUGCCAGAAGGAACUUUAACACUUUUAUAACGCUGUGCAGUGAGUGUCGUGUCGCCGGUAUAGACUCGGGAUAAUAAACUAUUUCAAAAA